AUGGAUAAGCCUGAAUGGUACACAGAUGCUCAAAAGUACUGGAACGGCGUAACACCCACCAUCGAUGGCAUGUUAGGCGGCUUCGCCGUCAUUGACCCUGUCGAUGUAAAAGGCUCGCUUGAUUUUAUUCAUGAAUAUGUCUAUGGUAAAAAGGGAGUCAAUAAUACUGUAAUUAAGGAGCCUGUCAUGAACGGAGAAAAAUAUGCAUGUGAUUGUGGUGCAGGCAUUGGCCGGGUUACCAAGAAUUUUUUAUUAAAUGUACCAUUUGAAAAAGUCGAUCUUGUUGAACAAGCUCCCUCGUUUGUAGAACAGGCUAAAUCGAGUUAUUUAGCUAAAGAAAUUGAAGAAAAUAAAAUCGGUAAUAUCUUUUGUCAGGGUCUUCAAGAUUUUACACCAGAAGAGGGCAAAUAUGAUUUGAUCUGGUGUCAAUGGGUACUCGGUCAUUUGACAGAUGAUCACUUUGUUGAAUUCUUUAAGCGUUGUGUCCGAGGUUUAAAACCUAAUGGUCUAAUUGGUGUAAAAGAAAAUAAUGCAAAAGUGGAGGCUAUUGUAGAUGAUGAAGACAGCAGUGUUACAAGAACUAACAACGACCUGAAAACAUUAUUUACUAAAGCAGGCUUAACUUUAAUUAAAGAAGAACUUCAACAAGGCCUUCCCUCAGGUUUAUUUGCCGUUAGAAUGUAUAUGUUAAAACCAACACAAAAAUAA